AUGAGCUAAGAAAAGUUUAAAAGAUAUAAGUUAAAUGUGUUUCAAAUAUAGAAAAACAAAAUGAAAUCUGAAGAAAGGGUUAUUGUAAACACAUCGUCAAAUUUUAAAGCACUCUCUCCCUAACAAUCUCCAAAGAUUAAUUCCAUUCUAAAUCGUACAAAACUAUCGCUGGAAAGAUCGCGAUCCUCACAUAGAAUGGAAAAUAUUAUAAUCUAAAAUAAAAAGAAGGUUUCCAAGAAUGAUAUAAACAAUUUCAAUAAAACUAAAGAUUUCUUUAAUGACAAUCCUAAUUUAUUAGAAGAAAUGAAAUAAGAUAUCAAUUUAUAGUUCUUAAAAGAAUGUAAAUCUAAUAACGCAGGAGCUUGUCUAUAACUAUUAGAACCUACUAUUGUUCAUUAGGUUUGUAAGUUUAUCAGUCUAAUUUUUUAGUAAAUAUUUCACCUUCAAUUCCUAUAAGAGCAGAUUUAAAGGCAAAUUUAAAUAUUUAAGAUGACAAUUAAAAUACUGCUUUACAUAUUGCAGUGAAAAAUGGGAACGUUUAAUUAGUCUAAGCAUUAAUUUACAAAUAAAUUAAUAUAGAUAUUGAAAAUUCAGAAAAGAUGACUUCAUUAAUACUGGCUAGUUAUCAGUAUAUUAUUUUAUUUUUAUUUUUAUAAGUGGAAAUCAAGAAAUAUUCUAGAUUUUAAUUAAUGCUGGAGCAUAAAUUAAUCAUUAAGACAUGUAUGGUAAUACAUCUCUACAUUAUGCUUGUAAAUUUAAUCGCAAAGAAAUUGUAACUAUUAUACUUAAACAUCCAAAUCUCAUUUUUAAAUCAAAUAAUGACUAAAAAUAUCCUGAUUAUUAUGUUCAUGAUUCUGAAAUCAUUCAAUUAUUUACUCAAUUUUAAUUAGAACAUUCAAAAUAAAGUAAUAUCAUUAAAAAUUAAGAUAGAAAAAAAAACAAAGGAAGUUUAAAUACAAAAUAUAUAAAUGGAAUAUUAUUGUAAAUCAAGUAAUUAAACUAAAAAUUAAUGUAAAUUACAUAAUUCUCCUAUCCAUAAUUUAUCACUUGAAACUAAACAAGGAAUACUUAAACAUAUAAGAAGUUAUAAUUAAAUUAAGAAAGGAAAGGCCAAUACUCCUUCCACUAUUGAUUCGAUGAAAUAAUCUAAAAGAGAAGAUAAGGUUGGUCCUUAAUAAUUUCAAGUCUUAGGUUUAUUAGGUAAAGGUAGUUUCGGAUAAGUAUAUCUUGUUUAAAAGAACAAAAAAUUAUAUGCAAUGAAGGUACUACAUAAGAAUAUGAUCUUAAGUAAUAAAUUAUAAUUUUAUAUUUUAAAGAAUAAAACAUUUGUAGAUAUGCAAUUACUGAAAGAAAUGUAUUAUCUGUAACAUCUCAUCCAUUUAUUGUGAAAUUAAGGUAUGCUUUUUAAACAGAAGAUAAAUUAUUUAUGAUUUUGGAUUAUUGUCCUGGAGGAGAUCUUGGGAUGCUUCUUUGUAAAAUUAAAAGAUUUCCUGAAGAACUUGUAAAAUUAUAUACUUGUGAAAUAAUUUUGGCAUUAGAAGAUCUUCAUAAAAGAGAUAUAAUAUUUCGUGAUUUAAAACCAGACAAUAUCUUACUUGAUGCAGAUGGACAUGUUUUAUUAACAGACUUUGGAUUGUCUAAAGAAGGAAUACCAUAAUCAAAUAAAGGAGCAUAAUCAUUUUGUGGUUCUGUGGCUUAUUUAGCUCCAGAAAUGCUAAAAAGAUAGGGUCAUGGAAAAGCUGUUGAUUGGUAUUUAUUGGGAGUUGUAAUGUAUGAACUGUUAGUAGGAUUACCUCCUUAUUAUGAUAAUGAUAGAGAUACAUUAUUCUAUAAUAUUGAAAAUGCAAGUCUUAAAAUUCCUUAACACAUUUCAAUUGAAUGUCGAACUCUUUUAAAAUCAGUAAAACUAUAUUGCUAAUUAUAUAGUUACUAGAGAGAAAUCCAACUAGACGUUUAGGAUCAGGAUCAGGAGAUUCAUUAGAAAUAAAAGCUCAUCCCUAUUUUGCAGAUGUUGAUUGGGAACUAGUUCUAAAUAGAGAACUUUCAUUGCCUAAACCUGAUUAUAGUUUGAAGAUUAAAGCAAUUGGAGAAUAGAAUGUUUUUGAUUUGUAAAGCUUUGUGGAAUUUGAGUAAUCUCAUGUGAAUGGAUGGUCUUAUGUUUAAACAGAAUGA